AACCUAUAGAAAAGCCGAAUAGCAGCAUUCAAGGCGUUUUCAAGUGGUGUCGGUAAGAAAUUUGAAAAAGAAAAAAAAUCAUUUUCUACGUUGAUAUACCGUUGAUGAGCCAUACAGUUAUUAACGCCGCUCGAAAAUAGUCUAAAUUCAAAAGUACCGUUGCUAUCAUGGAGAAGAAAAUUUCAGCUCUUCGAGAGAAAAUUUCCAGAUUUAUCGAUUAUGUCGAGGAAGUUGUUAAAAUGCCAGAACCAAAUUUAUCGAAAGCCUAUCUUGAGACCAAAGGAAAUAUGAUAACGAAAAUGUGGGAUAAGAUUGAAAAAACCAAUGAUGAUAUUGAGGAAAGUGAGGUGGAAACGGCAAAAGGUACAAGAGAAUAUUUGAAAAAAGAUUACGAAACGGCUUUCGCGAUGUUAGACAAGGUCGCUCUAAGAAUACAAAGGAAAUUGGAAAAGUAUGAACCGAUAGCAGCACCGUUACAACCGAAUCCAACAGGCAACGCUAAACCGAAUAUCAAACUCAAGGCGAUGGACAUUCCGAUUUUCUCAGGCGAUUACGACAAGUGGAUUUCCUUCCGAAAUAUGUUCGACUCUUUGGUGCACGACAAAACGUACACCGACUUGGAGAAAAUUCACUAUUUAAAGUCGUGUUUGGAAGGCGAUGCGGAACGGGUCAUUUCUCAGUACGAUAUCAAGGCCGAAUCAUACAUACCGGCUUACGACGCAUUGGUAGAUCGUUUCCACAAUGAAGCAAUACUCAUCGAUACGCACAUUAUCAAAAUCUUGUCGCAACCAAAACUACACAGAGAAUCUGGUGAUGGAUUAAAGGAAAUGAUGGAUGUUACUUCGGUCAAUAUUCAAGCACUGAAAAGCUUGAAUAUUCAAAUCAACACUUGGGAUCCAAUUUUGUUACUUUUGUUGGUGCAGAAAUUUGAUGAUGCCACGAGACGGUUAUGGGAACAAAAUUUAAAGCCGAAAACGUUGCCGACGAUGAAACAGUUCUUAGAUUUUCUCAAAAAUCGAUUUCAUGCUCUAGGAUGCCAGCAGAAAUUCAAUUUCGCGAUUGAGACAACCACGCGCAGUUCUCAGUUCAAGAGUCGACAAAGUUCCAGUUUCCGUUACGAGACACCACAAUUUCCACCUAGAACGCAUCAAAGUUUUCACACUUCAUCACGUCGAGCAUGUUCAAUUUGUUCGAACGAUAACCAUUCCAUAUUUUCGUGCGAAAUAUUCCGUUCUAAGGAACCUCAUACUCGAAUCGAAAUGGUCGGUCGAGCGAGAUUAUGUAAGCGUUGUCUGAGACAUCAUCAAUCGGAAUGCAAUCAACCAGAUGGUUGCCGUGUUUGUGGAGGUUACCAUCAUACUUUUCUUCACUCCGAGCAACGCGAAAGGUCGUCAUCAAUUCAAAGUCAACAAGCCACUCGAGAUGAGAAACAGUCAACUAACACACACGUUUUGAACUCGAAUCACGUCAGUCUGCAGCGACCAGUAGUAUCAACGAUUAUUGGAUCUCAUCAUGUGCACGUAAACAAGGAAAUAUCGGUUGAACGUCAAGUCAUUCAAUGGGAUGCGAACGUAUUACUUGCUACAGCCAUCGUUUUAAUUCGACCAAAUGAAACCAAUAGUUUCAUCCCAUUUCGCUGUUUAUUGGAUCAAGGCGGCGAAGCGUCACACAUAUCCGAAUCAGCGGUACAAAGGUUGGGUUUAACAAAAAAUUCGAUUUCAGCAACGAUGUGCGGUCUAGGUGGAGUGAAAAUCGGUACUUCCGACGCCUUUGUUGAAUUCGAAAUUGGAUCGAAGGUCAAUUGUUCUUUUUCCAUGAGGGUACAAGCUGUAGUUGCGAAGAAGGUAGCCAACCCAAUGCCAUCAACUUUUGUAGAACGCAUCAAUUGGAAACACAUCGAUGGUUUGCAAUUGGCCGAUCCAGAAUUUUAUAAACCUUCGGAGAUUGAUGUUAUACUCGGUUCAUCAGUUUACGGCUAUUUAUUGUUACCUGGGUUGAAGAAGGGCGGCACAAAUUGUCCAGUUGCGCAAAAUACAGAGCUCGGAUGGAUACUAUCAGGAGCAACAAAUCCAGAUUCAGCCGCAUUGAUCAAAAUAAAUUAUCCAGCCAGCCAUCAAUGCCACAAUUAUCCAGCCAAUCGAUCAAAAUCACAACAUCAGCCAGCCAAACAAAGAAAUUCCAUCAGUUAGCCAGCCAAUUCGGAUUUAAUCAGCAUAACGAAAACCAAAUUUACCAGCCAAUUACGACAACAUCCAACCAAAGUGAAUUCCGGGUGAAGCAUCUUCGACGA